GCCGCACACUGUCUGGGUGGUGCGAGUGGAAAGGCUUCGACACAACCAGUCUUGUCGCAUCGACUCAUCCCUCCCGUCAACAUCAAGUAUCGUCAUCGCAACAAAGACAACGCCCCUGGCCUCCCUUUCACGUGCGUCGCUGCACACCGUCGCACAUGCGUCUCCUGCGCGCCACGUGAAAGGUCACUCCAAGACAUCACGCAGGGGCUGCAUCACCGCCUUUCCUUCAUGGCCGAGAGGCCGGGCGCCAGUCGCCGUGCAGCCUGUCGCCGCUCCUUCUCCGACCACACCCUGCCCGCCGAGUAUCUCGAGCGGCUCGAGCAGAAGCGCAAACAGCUCGAUGAGUCCAUCCACAAGUACAUCGCCGCGAAGGAGAGAGAGUACAAGGGGUUUGAGAAGGAUCUGAGACAAGAGCACAAGCUCUCGCAAGGCCAGGCCGCUCGCAAUGUCGCCCUCUCCCACACGCUGUCGGAGUCGAUGCGCGAUAGUGAGCAGCAUGUCGCGCUCCAAGCCGAGCACGUCUCUGCUGUCGACACGGUCUUGACUUCGCCCAAUCGCGCAGCGGUAGAUACGCCUACGCCUGCGCUGCAACAAGCCACCCCGGAGCAAUGGCGCUUGUUGUCCAAGUUGCAGGACGGAAUGGGAAGUAGCGAGCGCGAACAAUACCUCACCGGCCUCUUCACCCCCAGCUAUCUGGCCGCAUUGGACGCCGAGGACGCGAAAAGGGUGAAACGAGCAGCCUCCGACCCAGAAGUGAGCAGUACCGCCAACACUGAGCUGCUUACGCCCGGCAGUACCGCUUCCGAGCGAGCCAAUUCUGAAUCUCUCGCGCAGGGGAACCCUCUGCGGCCGUCAGCACGCUUGUUGGCUCAGAGAAACUCUUCAUCCGAUGCAUCCGCAGACGGCAGGCUGGCAUCCGCAAUGCGAUCGCCCACUCAGCAGCCGAAACGGAAAAGGGUCUCGCUGGCGCUGGGCGAUUCAAUAGUCAAGCCAUCGGACAAUGUCCCGGAUGCCCUCAGCCAUAACACCACCUCUUCGCACUCCCGGAGACGUUUACCAACGGCUGAGCGAGACCUCCCCGUGUUGACAAAGCGGAGCAGUCCCUUGAAUCGAGAGCAGCUACUCCUUGAGCCAACGCUACUAUCGGCUGCAAACACGGGAUCGAACAAGGCCGAGAAACAGCCGGCAACACUUGCAGUUGCCGCAGCAGAGUCGACGCCAGCAGAACAAUCUCAGUCCACCUCCACAUUGAUACCGGUCACUGCAAAGCCGCGAAAGCUGGAUCCCGACGGAGACCUCUUCGAUCUCGCCGACGAAGACUCCGACGCCGAGCCCUCACACCCCAGCUUCGACGAAUCGGCAAUUGCAAACGAAAGCGACGACGACAAUGAUGAUGACGAAGACGACGAAAUCGCAGGCCGCGGUAUCCAAGCCCGACCCAGUCCGCACAGUCCACCGCCCGCCAACGACGACGAAGACAACAGAGAAACGCGCUACGACGCAACAACAGGGCUUAUUCCAGAGCCCUCGGACAAAGCAGAAGACAGUGCCGUACCAUAUCUCUCUUUCGGCCCCGGCUCGGCUCUCGCACCUACGGAGCCAGGCUUUCGACGCCCCGCCGUGCUCCGCGACCCCGUUUACAUCGGGCCCGACUACGAGGCUGCGGAGCGCAUUGCGGUGGAGAGGGAUGUGUACGGGUCGUCGACGAAGGAUCUGCCGGGCAAUCGGGGCUCGUUUGCGGCGGGGUCGUUGGGAGAGUCGUACAUGGCGCAGCAUGCGGAGCAGAUGAUGAAGAUGCGGCAUUCGAGGCAGGGCACGCCGGUGAAGUCGUGAUCCUGGGCAGGACUCGCUGGUGUCGUUGUGUUGAGGGGAUAUGGAUCACAUCUCAUGGUGUGAACGACGAUUGGACUGUACAUAUAUAUGAAAGAAAUCCACUGAGCGGGAUCCACGCUCAAUCUGUCGGACUCGA